AUGAAUGCGAACGAAACAGAAGCCUUACCAUGCGCCAGAGGCUGUGGACUCUUCGGCACCCGACAGAACAACAAUCUCUGUUCUCUCUGCUACAAAGAGAGUGUUCUUCAACAAGCGGCCAAAGUCAGGCUCGAACCCAAGACCGAGACCGAGACCGAGCGAUCACCGGUAUGCCCUCAGGCUACUACGACUAGUCCCGUCGCUGCAAAAGAACCGGUCGGAGUUAAACGGAGAUGCGAGACGUGUCAAAGGAAGGUAGGGGUGUUGGGAUUCAAGUGCAGAUGCGGACACAUGUUUUGCGGGUCACAUCGGUAUCCUGAGGAGCAUUCUUGUGCCUUCGAUCACAAACAAUCUGGACGGCUCUCAUUGGCUAAACAGUUGCCUUUGAUCAGAACUGACAAGUUGCAGAGGCUUUAG